AUAUAAGUGUUCACGGUUCCUUUAAGCUUUGAAAAUUAUUAGUGACUAGAAGAAGUGAAUCGGCGAACGAUAUCAUUGUAGUGACUUACGACGGUCAUAUGUAAGGCUCUUAAGCCGCAACGACGAAUCACAAAUGUGUUAGGAACUCUUUUCAUUGAAACAGCUCGACGUCGCGCGGCCGGGUGUACUUUACAGGUUAAUCCAUAUUACCCCCGCCUAAUUCGUUGGCCAUCUUCGGACGUGACAACUCAGCCCAUGCUCGUGGCCACCCCAAUGGCCUUCAUUGCCUAAGUCAGGCUGACUCGACAGUGGGUGCCUCCCGGUACACUCCUUUCAUUUCAGCAAAAUAAUAAACCAUUUGAGCCUCUGCUCUCGCCUUUCUUUUCAACAUAUCAAAUUUCAAACCUGCACAACUUCAAUCUAGCAAUCAUCACCCACCACCACCCAUCAUGCAAGGCGAAGGACUUCGAAACUAUCGAUGCGAUUGCUCUGCCAUCCUGAAGGAUGCGCAUUCCAUCAACAAGCAUGUCAGGAAGACUGGUCAUAUGAAGGAAAGAUGGUGUAUACCCUGUCAUCGCUUAUUUGUGAGCAGUGCUGCGCUUCAUCAGCAUAGAAGAGAUUCUCCUUUGCAUGGAGGCAGACCCCCGCCGCUCAGAUUUACAGCUGCUUUUCCUCAGGCCUAUACCUAUAUUCCUCCUAGCUCAGUACCUCGAGCGACUAUGUCUAGUUUCACCCUACCCGACCGUGCAGAAAAUGUGGAAGAUCUCGCGACUAGAGCUAGGGACACACUGGUGAUCUCUGAGAACCCUCCUCCUCAAGCUACGUUAUAUGGUAGCGACGCUGUGCCCAACCUCUUCACACCUGCUUUGGCACAACCAGUAGACAUUGCUCAACCCAAGCCCUUACCACCCACCAUUAAGCAAAAGUACCCCUGGGCAACCGACCUAGCAGACAACAACCUACCCCAGACUUUGAACGCCAUCAGCCUUCACCAGACCCUCGAGUCACACUGCCACAGUGAGGACUUGCUAAUGUUGCAAUCGUACUAUACCGGCGACGCGACCCACGCCAAGCGUCUCAAGUACGAAGUUAAGACCUUCCUCCCGACGCCGGCCCGAGUCCCUGGAGUAUUGAAGCGCAAGGCUAUUGCUAUUGAUUGCGAGAUGGUUGGUCUUUCGAAGGGACGAGAUGAACUCGCCCAAAUUUGCGCGAUUGAUGUGAUUACCGGAGAGGUUUUGAUGGAUACGCUCGUCUUCCCUACGGAGACUGUCCAAGACUGGCGUACUAAGUAUAGCGGAGUCACUAGGGUCAAGAUGACAGAGGCUCAAGUUUCAGGCAAGAUCCUGUACGGAUGGCCGAAGGCACGAGAGGAACUUUUCCGACACGCCGACGAGAACACCAUACUCCUUGGCCAUGCUUUGAACAACGAUCUUAAGGUACUUCAUAUCAUCCACAAACGAGUUGUCGAUUCCGGUAUCGUUGCCGCUGAAGCUGUCUUCGGCAAGGAGAAGGUGCUUCGUCGUUGGCGCCUCAAGAAGCUAUGUCAGGAGUUCUUAGGUGCGAACAUUCAGGCCUCUAAGAAAGGCCACGAUUGUGUCGAAGACACGUUUGCGGCUAGGGAGGUAGUGCUCUGGUGCUUCAAAGAGCCUGAGAAGCUGAAGGCUUGGGCCUCGAAGACUCUCACCCAGUACGAGGCCGACAAGAAGAAACGAGAGGAUAAGCAGAAGGAGAAGGCGAAGAAGAAGGAAGAGGACAGGAAGAAGGCAGAGGAAAAACAUAUGGAAGAGUGGGGACGCGAGUUUGCAGGCCGAUACACUGUCAUUGAACGUUGCUCCAAUGACGAUCGGGACCGAAUCAUGGCUGCCUGGCAGCAGUAUCUUGUUGAUCAUAAUCGUCUUUUUGGUCACGAUUAAAGGUAAUCUGGUAAUGUUUCGUCUACAGGGCGGAAAGGAAUCUCCCACGCGCCUUUACUUCGUGGCAUGCUGUGCCAUGACCU